AUGGGUAUGUGUGUAGUAGAGAAAAUCGCUGCGCUGAUGUGUGGGUGCGAGGUUCUGCCUUGUACUGGCGCAGAGAGCUGGACGAGGGACGACGAUGCGCUCUGGGGUGUCGUUACCCGUGUAGACGAUGAAGAUGUUGGGAUGUGUGAAGAUGAUGCCGCCGAAGAACGACAGGACCUUCCUCGCUCGUCGUCAGGUAGCAAGGAUGAAGUUGAAGAUAGAGUGCAAGCUCUCCACCGCCGCGAUAAUAUGGACAUCAUGAUGCACCCAAAAGAGAAGCGCGUAUGGGCCUGGCUUGACAACAUCAGCUCCAUGUACUCGCCGCGUAUAGUACUGCCCUCUCCAAUCGCCACUUCAUCGAAGACUGAAAUAAAUGGCGGACCCAUCUCCCCACUGGAUAUAAACAACACUGCCAUGAGGCCCAUCUGUCCGUUCUGCAACACAGACUGGCAAACCAUGAAGGACUUCGAGAAGGCAGAGCAUAUGCUGUCCCAUUCGCACAUGGAGCUCAAACACGCCACUACAGCGGCGUCAAGGAUUGAUGCUAUGGGGGUUGGUGUCAAGCGGAGGCACAGUUUCUUGAGUGUAAGGACAUUGCGGAGUUAUCAUGUUAAUCAGGGGAAGGGGAAGAUGAUGUUAAAGGCAGAUUCGGCUGCUUCCCUGCUUGAGCACUGGACGAAUUUCGGGGGAGAGGAUAGUCCAUUUACGGGGGAGUAUAGGAGGGCGAAACAGGGAAGGGCGCUAGAGAGGAGGGGGAGUGCGGUUUGGGAUCAAGAUGGGGAAGAGGAGGAUGUGAGAGAGUGGUUUGGUGAUGACGAGGAAGAGGACAAGAGGCUGGGAUCGAGGACGAAACGAGUCUCUCAAGCCGGUGGGGAAAGACAUCGUUUCGUUUGA